AGCUAUGGCACAUCCACACUGGAUCAGUUUGUUUUAGAAUCUUGUGGAAUGAAGAUGAUACUUUACCUGACGUUACUCGCAGCGAUCGUGUGUGGAGUUUUUGGUGACGAUGAUGGUUUAAUGAUUCCGCAUGAAAGGACAACUAUUGACGAUUGUAAAAUACGGUACUACGCGGACAUUUCGGUAGGCUUUAGUGCUCCUGCAUUGGGACACAUAUCAAUGCGUCUUGAGCAUACCCACGCAGCAGCUAUCGGUUGGCUGAACGAAAAAGGCAAAAUUGAGUUUGGCUGCGGUGGUUCACUCAUAUUGGAAAGCUUCGUUCUUACAGCAGCACACUGUAUGGAUAAUCCAAAUACACUCGAAAGACCAUUAGUAGUUCGAUUAGGCGAUCGCAAUCUGAUACACAGUAAGGAUUCUGAAUAUGCACAAGAAAUAAAAAUAAGAGAUAUAAUACCUCAUCCAAAGUAUAACAGAUCAACCUCCCAUUUUGAUAUUGCCUUACUGGUGUUGGAUAAACCUGCAAGAAGAGUGUUUGGAGUUAUACCGGCGUGUCUGUGGCUAGAAGAUGAACUCCCCAUCUCGACAUUUUAUGCCGCCGGCUGGGGAGCAAAUGGGUUUGAUAAAAAACCCACCAACUAUCUCGUGACAGCAGUUCUUCAGCCCGUGACAAACGAAGAAUGUAUAGAUAAACUUAAACGUCAGGUUCCCCGAAUGAAACUAGCCAAUGGUAUAAGCGAUCACCAGCUAUGCGCAGCAGGUAUCGAAAUGGACACUUGCAAGGGAGACUCUGGAGGACCUCUGUAUAGCAAACUAAAUUUUGCAAACAAACUAGUUCCAUUUCUUGUCGGCUUGACGUCGUAUGGCGGACCAUGUGGAUUUUCGCAGCCGGGUGUGUAUGUGCGGGUGUCCAAAUUUAGAGAUUGGAUUAUCGAAACGAUACGACAGUUUAAUCCAUCGGUGACUGCAUCCACGUUUGACCCUAUGAGUUGUGCAAAAAGAAACCUUUUCUUGCGUGAAGCCGAUGUGCUGACGAUGUUCCAAGAGAGAGAGCCAAACAGUGUGCAACUUAUAUAUCCGCAACAACCGUCUCGUGUCGAUUGUGGAGGCAUUUUGGCUGAGCCUGAUGCUGUUAUAACGUUGGCCACUUGCGUGAAAUGGAAUGGUGCUGAUCCUACCCGCGUAAAGUUGUUCGAUUCGGAGGUGAUUGAUGUAGAUGAUAUUGUUUACCAUCCAAAUUUUGGGGGAAAUCUUUACAAUAAUAUUGCAAUUAUAAAGCUUAAGCGCUUUUCCAACUUUCGUCCGCAUUGCAUUGAGUACGAUACACUAGAAGAUAUUGCUUUGGAGCUUCCCGUAAUUAUCCCUACUCCCCUAAAUAUUAUCAAAGAACAAACACCGUUCACGUAUAAACCUGCGAGGUUGAACGCAAAGUUAUAUGAGAAUCCCAAAUGCAGUAAUUUUAAGCAAUCCUUUGGUGCGUCACCUCAAGGUUUACAAAGUGAGCUGUUUUGUUUUGGCAACUAUCGGUCUGUCGCACCUGGUGCAUGUCAUCUGGUGUUGGGUGGACCCAUUUACACAUCUCUUUCUAAAUUUCCCUAUGGUUUAAACCUUCCCGGGCGCGAUUGUGGAUUCGGAAAACCGGCGGUGGGUUUGCUGCUUAAGUCCUACAAAUCAUGGUUCGAAUCAGUCUUUCUACCAAGGAAAGGUCAAGGAGAAACCGGCUUGACUGCUGCCUCGGUAUCGAGUGCUGCCUCGCUAUCGAGUGCUGCCGCAGUGUCGAGUUUUUAUCAUGAUCCAAACCAGGGAGAUAAAUGUGUUUUCAAUGGAGUGAAGGGUGUGUGUGUACCGGUUGGUAGUUGCUCUACCCAAACAAUAACGAUCCAGAACAGCUUUCUUUUGUGCAAGAGUAGCUCGUAUGUCUGUUGCCCGUACCAGCUCCAGGCUAGCAGUGUCCUGCAGCAACCGACUGAAAUAGAUCUAGAACUUAACGAAUGUGAGACACGCUACCAACGAUUAAGGAUGGAGCGGCAGAAUCGAUGGCUAAAUGAUGGACGCAAGCUUCAAUAUUCACACACGGCUGCGAUAGGAUUUCAGUAUGCGACUGAAUUCAAACCCGUUUGUCCAGGAUAUCUUAUCAGUACUCGCGGUGUGGUUACCGCUGCUUCUUGCUUGGGCAAACUAUCAAUCGAUCAAAUGAUGGUGCGCCUCGGCUGGCAUGGCGAGGAAAGCAAUCCUUCAACAAUCAGAUUUGAGCCGGUUCAUUCUAGAAACGUACAUCCAUUGUACAAUGAAACGACUGGAACGCACAACAUCGCUGUGAUAAAGCUAAAGAACGCUAUCCAACCUAACGUUCAUUUGUUUCCUGCGUGCUUAUGGUCGAAUAGAUUAGAGUCACCAGUAAUGCAACGCAUACUAUCCGAUGAGUUUGAAGGGUUUAAACUAAUACACCCGUUAUACAAAACGGACUGCGAGAAACGAUUGAAUUGUCCGCCGCUACCACAAGAAAUCGUUUGUAUGCGUAUUGCGGAUGAAAUAUGCAGGUCAUCAUCAAAAUCGAGAGAAUACGCUUGCAACGAUCGCUUAAAAUUAAAAUUAAAGAAAAACUGCUAUCAGGGUGGCAAUCCUAUCGUAUGGAGAAAGGAAGACCAUACCGGCCUUACCGAAUACCUAUUAGGAGUCUACAGCAUCGGAGAUUGCAAAUCGGAAGUUUCGCUGCACAUUGUGCAGCGGGUGGCAUUCUACAUCGACUGGAUUGCUAAAGUGCUGCUUUGAAAUCUUGUACCUUGUAUACUUGUAUCUUGUGUUUGGUUGUAGUGCAAAUAAAUGAUACAA